CAUUUCCUCCUACGGGGGUAAGCAGUGGACGGAAGUGCCUAUAAAGUAUAAUGUAUGACUUCUCUGAUAUAAUACAGGACUUCUUGACAAAAUCCCGAUGAGUGGCAUUGGAGAGUUGGCCCAAAAUGAUGCAGAGAUGAAAAUGGAGGAUUUAUUUGCAAGUUUACUGGAAAAUGAGGCUGCUUAAAGAGUGAAGGCGUCCUCUCCGGCCGUCUGGAGCAGCAGGGCAGAGUGCAGAUGUUGUGCAGCAUCAACAUGAAUGAGGAUGACAUCAUCCCCAGAACAUGAACUGUAGACACCCUCCAGCUGGAAAUCUGGUUUACUUUGGUCUCCUUUUUGACGGACUCGGACCUUCUCGACGUGUCCAUGUCCGCGUGUCAGUUACCAUAGCGACAGCUGCUAGCCAGCAAAUCCAGCCCUUCAAAUGAAGAGCCUUCAGUUCCGUAGCAUCGCCCCCAAGGCCUCAGUCGUUGUGCCUUCCCCGACGGCCUCUGCCGUCCUCUCCUGCCAGCCUCCCCCUGCCCUCCCUGAAGCUACCGGAGGCUCUGGCCCUCAAUCCAUCGUGGUGCCUGCCCAAAACUAUGCACUGAUGCGAAUAGCUGGUCAGGAUGGCACCUUCUCUCUGGUGGCGCUGCCCCCUUCUGUCUCCUCUCAGACACCACAGCAACCUCAACACAGCCAGUCGGUUCAGAAGAAUCUCAAGCUGCCCAUUCCCAGAUACAAGCCAGCGAGGAGAGCUGGCACCACAGAUAAGGUGAGACCACCGCCCAUAGCUGCAAGGGGGGACACUGCCUCAAGGGUUGCUGAGGCAUCGCCUGCGAGUGGAACGUCAUCGUUGUUGAAGACAAAGAAACGGGAGUGCAAGGUGACUCCAAAGGAGGAAGUCUCGGAGAAGGUCCUUGUCCUUGACCACGCCCGCUCUGACUUAUCCGUCACUGCGGUGCUACCGGACAAUGCCGUCCUGUACUCGGGGUCGCAGUUGGAGCCAGAGAACGCUGAGCAUCCUGCCACAUCAAUUAUUCCAAGUCCACGCCCGACGACAACUGCACUCAAAGUGUCUCCAGGAAAGUCCCAGGACCAAAGUGGCUCAAUGAUGCGAAUGUGUCAGUCGAAGGCUCCUGCAGCUCAGCCUCCAAAAAGCAUUGCCGUUCUAUCUCCAGCCAUCUUCAGCAAAGCCUUGCAAAUCAUCCCGUCUCCUCCUAAAGGUAAACUGCCCAUCCUGCCUUACUCCAAAGCAAAGACCACUCUCAUUCCAGCGGCCAAGCUCAACCUCUCCCAAGACAAGGAUUUAUUAAACCAGGCUGGUCCGAGGAGCCCCAAAGAUCCAAUAUCUGAGGCCUCAUCUCCGCAAGCUCAAACUAAGAGCUCACUUGUGUUGGGAACGUUCCAGAAGCUGCCGGGAAAGAAGAGAGGACGCAAGAGAAAGACCGCGGAAGACUUGGCAUAUGAGGCCCGGAAGAAGAGGUCUUUGUCCUUCUUCCGUAGGAGGGUACCUGAAAAACCACCACUCGUUGUUUCAAGUUCCAAGCAAGAAUUUGAGAUUUCAAAGAAGUACCGCACCAUCCGACCCAAACCAGUGUUGCUGAUGGAGACCAUGCCCCAGCUAGUUAGCUUACCCGCUAGUUCCUUGGACGGUCAAGAAGUUGAGCUGGUACAAACUCCCAAAGCGACCAAGGACUUGGAUUGUCCUCCCCAACAACACCCGGUCACCCUGCAGCUGAAAGGAGCCUACCAUCCCAGAGUCCUUGUGGCCGGUCGCACGCUUCAUCGUUGUUCCACCUGCAGCUGCUGCUUCCAGUUCAAGCACCACCUGCAGACCCACAUGAACACUCACUCCAGCACCCGGCCGUACGUCUGCCCCGUGUGCCGCAAGGCGUACGCCCAUUCGGGCAGCCUGAGCACACACAUGAAGCUCCAGCAUUCUGAGGCCCGACCGCGCCGGUCUCUGUGCUGCGAGUUCUGCGAAAAGUCCUUUGGCUACGUGGGCGUGUACUUCAGUCAUCUGCGCGAGGUGCACAAGGUCUUGCUCACGGUGGAGCCGUCUAUCAGACAUCACGAGGACGACGUGGCCGCGGAGGGGGACAACUCGGAGACGUCGGACGAGGGCCGCGAAGAACCGGUGGAGCUGCAGAUCAAAUGCGGCCGCUGCCAGGUGGUCACCCCCACUUUUGCUGACAUGAAGAUGCACCUCUUGUAUGUCCACGGCGAGGAGGUCCUGAUCCGACUUCAAGAGGGGCAACCCGCGCCGGGCGGCCUGGAGCCGGAGAAGGAGCUGGUCAAACGCGCCGCGCACUACUGGCGGCAGCUCAACGAGAAGAAGUGCAACCUGGUCAAAUGCGGCAGCUGCGACGAGGAGUUCUUCUCCUUGGCCAAACUGAAGAGGCACAUCGUGUUCCAGCACCGCGGGACCGCAGGCGACGACGACGGCGGCGUCAAAGGCUUCCGGAUGCUGGCGGGAGCUUCCGCCUUCAACUGCGUGCUGUGCAGCCAGGUGUUGGACUGCAAGGACCAGGUUCUGGAGCACUGGAGGCGGCACCAUCACUGCGAGCAGCCUGGCCUGCUGUGGGCCGCCCUCAGCUCCUUCUGCGGCCUGGAGGACGAGGACGCCUACGAGGAUCUGGACUCGGGUUUGAGUCCGCACGAACCUUCUCCGUCCUCGCUAUGAACUGAACUCAUUUCUGGCUUUUUCCGUCACCACAAAGUGAAAAAUCACUUUUAGUGAAGUCUGAAAAUAUAAAUUAGUUCCAGAGUUUUUUUCUCUUCAUUUGGUUGUUUUUAAUUUAAGGCUUAUUUAAAUAUCGUUCAAUAAUUUAAAUUCACGAGUCAAACGGUCUCACGUCGUUAUUAUUGUGGAUGGGAUCUACUUUUGACCUUUAAUCCACUUGAUUAUAUUCAUCAUUGAUUUGAUCGAGCCUUUCCACAGACUGCAAGGAUCAAACCACAGAAAUCUGAAUUAUUUUGAAAGAAAUUCAGUGCGCAAUUUUGAAUUUAUUUAGGAUUUUAUGUCAAAUGGAUAGAAAUAUAUAUUUACUGUACAUACACUAAUAUUGGCUUGAAGGUCUCUGGAAUUAGUCUGCAAAAAGAAUAUUUGAAAAAGUUGGCAUUCAUGCCCAGGAUGACGACUGUAACUUGACAUCUUACCAAUACUCUCGUGUCCUAAAUGUACACAAACCUUCUUUUCAUAUUUGGCCCAACUAAAAGUCAAAUGUCAAAAUAUCCCCUGUUACAGUAUGUAAACAAAAUUACAAUUAUUUAAUUAAAUAUAAUUAAAUCAUUUAAAUUAAUUAUUUGAUUGAAUAAAACAUUUUAAUUUAAUAAUUUAAUUGACUAACUGAAUCAAAUUUUCAAAUCAAAUUAUGAAAUGAAAUAUUUUUGUCAAUCUGACUUUAAAACAUUGAAUUAAAUAAAACAAUAUUUGUAAAAUAUUAAAUAAUUGAAUCAUAAAAUCUAAUUGAAUAAUUAAUUUUAAUAUUUGGGUAGAAUAAUACAAUGGAACGAUUGAAUCACAAACUUAAAAUCAAAUAUUGUAAUUGAAUUAAAUAUUUGAAUCAAUAUUUGACUCAAAUAUUUUAUUUAAAUCAAAUAUUUUCCUCAAAUAGUUUGAUUUAACAAUCAAAUAAAUUGUAUCAUUGAAUCAAACAUUUUAGUCAAAUAUUUGAAUCAAUAAUUGACUCAAAUAUUUUCCCCAAAUAGUUAAAUUGAACAAUCAAAUAAAUUGUAUAAUUGAAUCAAACAUUUUAGUCAAAUAAUUGAAUUCAUUAUUUGAAUCAAAUGAUUUGAUUGAAUAUUUAAAUAACAUCAUUGAAUCAAACAUUUAAACCAAAUACUGGAGUCAAAUAAUUGAAUAGAAUAUUAAAGUCAAAUGAUGGAAAUAAAUCAUUGAAUGAAAGAGUAGAUAUGAAGAGGUGACCAUGUAUAAAAGUGCUACUGUACAAUAAAUAUUCAAAGGUAUGAUUGUUGUCGUAUUAUUCAGGAAACACUGGAAAGAAAGAAAAGGGAAAGUUGAGGAAAAAAAACUAAACUCCAAAAAUAGAAUGAAUGAAGUCAAUAUUCCAUUUUUUUACACAGAAAACUAAAGUGAGGAUUUUAGUGGUUUUUUUUUAAUUUUGGGCCAAAAUCAAAAUGUUGAUGAAGUUGAAAUGUUUGCUUCUUGUGUUCUUGUCAAAUGUUGUUUGCUGCUUAUGUUGUCUUUGCAGACUGCAAGUAGAAUUCACCUGCUUAUGUUGUCUUUGCAGACUGCAAGUAGAAUUCACCUGCUUAUGUUGUCUUUGCAGACUGCAAGUAGAAUUCACCUGCUUAUGUUGUCUUUGCAGACUGCAAGUAGAAUUCACCUGCUUAUGUUGUCUUUCCAGACGAGGCCUGAGAAGAACAGGAAGUGUGCGAUGCCUUAAAAAGAAGAAAACUCCCUUUGUGUCUCAAAUGGAACACUUGCAUAAG